UCUUAACCUGAAACUGAUCUUAACCUGAAGCACCACUUUAGCUAAUGGGGCCUCCCGCUGCCGCCGCACAAUUUCUGUUCUCAACCUGAAGCAAAGUUCUUAACCCGAGAUUUUAUUCCUGGGUUAGCGGAGUCUGUAACCUGAAGCGUAUGUAACCCGAGGUACCACUGUACCCUAAACAUUUUUUAAGAAAAAAGCACUGAUUAUUACUAUUAUUUUAUUUUAGGGACAGCAUUUGACACUAAAUAUAACAGAUGUCAUUGGUGAACGUCAGGGAUCCUCCUGGACUCCAUCUCCCAAUGGACUCAGGGUUGAUGGGAGCUGGAGCCCAGGAACCAUGUACUUUUCUGUGUUCAGACCACUGCACGAACCCCUGUCCCAGUAACCUUUACAACAGACCUGCAAGGCAGGCUGCUGUUGCUAACCCCACAUUGCAAACAGGGAGGGGAACUGGGGCUGAGCUAAGGUCGCCAGGUGGGUUUGUGGCAGAGGCAAAAUUCAAAGAGAGGACACCCUGGUUCCCAGCUGAUCUGCUGACUCCAUAAUCUUCUCCUGCAUCCUCAUCCUCCUUCCCCACAUCCCUCCAGGACCCUACUUCUCUCCCUGCUCCCCAUCUCUCAGGGUCUCUUGCCUGGUGGGGGCAAAGGACUAGGAAGCCCAGCUGCCUCAGUGCCCUGCUUGGGGGCUUCCCAAAGCGCAGAGCUGACCACCAUUGGGAACAGAAUGCUGGGUUUUGCCAAUGCUUUGGGGCUCUGCUUUUAUUUAACCUGACAUUUCUCCCCCCCCAAAACUUUCCGCUAAUGUUUUCUUCCUGCAGGAAACUGGAUUUGUACACCAUGGGCUGGAACCUGAGAGAAGACCUACGGGAUUGCUUGGUCGCUGCCGCGCCCUACGGAGGCCCCAUUGGUAUGGCAAGAGCCAGCUCCUCUUUCUCGCGCCAGCUGUUCCUUUGCAGCUGGCAGGUUUCCUCUCUCGGCCCAGUCUCAUUCACUGGUGCAGUCGGGGAAUUUGCCAAGGGGUAUGGCCUGCAUGAUGCAGUCAGUCGCGCGCUCUCUCUCUGGCUCUGCCUAGCCUGCCCUACAGGGCUGUUGUGAGAACGCCUUGAGGUUCCUGGAGGAAGGGCGGGACCCAAACAAAAUAAAUCAGGGCAAGGAAAGAGGGCUGGCACUGGCACUAGCUGCCAGAAUAAAGGUAAAGGGACCCCUGACCAUUAGGUCCAGUCGUGACCGACUCUGGGGUUGCGGUGCUCAUCUCGUUUUAUUGGCUGAGGGACCCGGCGUACAGCUUCCGGGUCAUGUGGCCAGCAUGACUAAGCCGCUUCUGGCGAACCAGAGCAGCACACGGAAAUGCCGUUUACCUUCCCGCUGGAGUGGUGCCUAUUUAUCUACUUGCACUUUGACGUGCUUUUGGGCUGCUAGGUUGGCAGGAGCAGGGACCGAGCAACGGGAGCUCACCCUGUCACAGGGAUUCGAAUCGCCGACCUUCUGAUCGGCAAGUCCUAGGCUUGUGGUUUAACCCACAGCGCCACCCGUGUCCCUAGCUGCCAGAGUAGCCACUAGUAAAUCCUAAGCAGUUGAGUUGGCACAUAUGGGCAAUAAUAAUAAUGGCUCUAAAUUUUGGCUGUCUAUUUGGACCAUAACCAAAUUUUUUGCCUGCUGGUUCCUGAGAUCAAGGAGCAGCUUCUCAGCCAUGUUUGGAGACAGUUGGAUGCCAUUUUGAAUCAAGAUGGCAGACUGAACUUUUUUGGUUUUGACUACUGGCUCAAAACAACACUGGUUUUUUUGGGGUUUUUUUGGUUUCUUAGAAUUUCUGAGCAGCGGUAGUUACAAGGCUGCUAGUAAUGGCAUAAUUAAAGAAAUUCUCACAAAGAAUUAAAACGGGAGGUGGGAAUGGCGAUUAUCAGGGGCUUGACUUCUCAGCUUUUUUUUAUAGUGUGAUAAUAAAAAAAAGCCUCUAUCAUUUUAGCUUUGCUGAAAAACAAGAAAGAGAAAUCUCCCAGUUCCCGGCCUCCUCUGGAAAUCUAUACUGCCUCAGGGGUCCUCUUGGCUAGCAUUCCGGUAAGCGAAUUGUGUUAUCAAUGGUCACUGGGCAUUGCAUAGUAACAGAUUUAUGUUUAAGUAGUAUAGUAACGGAUUUAUGUAUAAGCUAAACAAGCUAUAGCUUAGGGCCCCACUCUCUUGGCGGCCCCCCAAAAAAUUAAAAGGAAAAAAAUCCUGGAUGUACAUUUCCAAAAUAUAAGAUAAAAAACAAAUAAAAUAAAACCUACUUACAGUAACAGUGUUUUGUAGGCUUCUAUGAUGUAAGUAAUGGGCCUCGCCGGCUAGCCUGUUCCCUAAAAUAUCACUGGUUAGAUACCUAUGAGGUCCAUAAAUUACCAUACAGUGGUACCUUGGGUUAAGAACUUAGUUUGUUGUGGAGGUCUGUUCUUAACCUGAAACUGUUCUUAACCUGAAGCACCACUUUAGUUAAUGGGGCCUCCUGCUGCCGCCGCGCAAUUUAUGUUCUCAACCCGAGGUACUAUUUCUGGGUUAGCAGAGUCUGUAACCUGAAGCGUAUGUAACCCGAGGUACCACUGUAUAGCAUAUACAGUCAUACCUCAUGUUACGUUUGCUUCAUGUUACGUUCUUUCAGGUUACGUCCUGCAACAACCCGGAAGUACCGGAAAUGGUUACUUCUGGGUUUCGCCGCUCGCGCAUGCGGAGAAACGGCAAAUCACAACCCGCGCAUGCGCGGAUGCGCUGCUGCAGGUUGCGCUCUUUUCAUGUUGCGAACUGGCUUCCAGAAUGGAUCCCGUUCGCAACCAGAGGUACUACUGUAUUCAACACAAAAAAUGACAGUUUGUUGUUGACAAAGAACAGCUGGACAUAUAAAGGGCCCCAUUACCUACAGUAGCUGAGGGCCUCAUCAAACCUCAAUCCGGCCCUGCAUAGUAACAUUAGCAACAACAACAAAAAGGAGGAAGAAGGCAGGUCAGUUCUCUGCCCCAAAGAGGUUACAUUUGCAGUGGUAAAGGCAACAGAGGGAAAUGAGGAGGAUGGGGGAAAGCAAGGGCAAACUCUGAACGAACGCUGUCAAAUCGUGCUGCGUGCACUGAGCUCUUUUUUCAGCUGAGAACGAGGGCUUUGGGGGUUCAGCAACAGGGGGCUGGGUUCAAGUCGCGACGUCGCUGCCAACCUGGAUGACUUUGAAAGAGAUUUUUGUCUUUCACAUGACGGUAUGUGUUUUGACUCCACAGAGUGGGAAGUGACGGAGACAGGAUGUUUGUGUUACUGUGUUCCGUGAAGUGGGACUAUUAUCCUUUGUUCUUUCUCUUUGCUGUCUGGUGCUAGAGAGAGAGGGAGCCAUGUUGCAGUGCUCCGUGUGUGUUUAUAUGUAAAUAAAGUAGAUUAGCCAAAAUGCUGAGUUGCUGAGGUCUGGCACACACAUCCUGCACAAACUCUGUGGAUCCCUAAGUGUGUCAGGUUGCUAAAUAGCUGCAUCUGGUGCCUGGCUAAUUUCUCACCCUGGGCUUUGUCUCCCCCAGCGGAAGAACUGUCCAGCCGUGCACCUUGGCUGGACAACCAGUGAGGACCUCCUCUGCAUCCAGGAGGACGGCUCGGUCCUCGUCUACAGCCUCUUCUGUGAGUUCAAGCGGCGCUUCAGCAUGGGCAACGUAAGUGACCUUGGAGAGGAGGGUUUACUGGAACCGGGGGCUUUUGGGAGCUGGGGCCUCGGCCCAGGAUACCUGAAGGAGUGUCUCCACCCCCAUCGUUCAGCCCAGACACUGAGAUCCAGCUCCAAGGGCCUUCUGGCGCUUCCCUCCCUGCGAGAAGUGAGGUUACAGGGAACCAGGCAGAGGGCCUUCUCGGUGGUGGCGCCCACCCUGUGGAACGCCCUCCCAUCAGGUGUCAAGGAAAUAAACAACUAUCUGACUUUUAGAAGACAUCUGAAGGCAACCCUGCAUUGGGAAAUUUUUAAUGUCUGAUGGUUUACAAAUUUUUUACAUGUGCUGUAAGCCGCCCAGUUUUUAUUGUAUAAUGAAAACACUUAGAAAUGUUCCGUAGGAAGUGAUUCAUAAAUGUAAGCUCACUUCUUGUUUGAAGAAACAUUCAAACAUUUCAGUGUAGUUUAGAAUAAUAUAAUAUCACUUGUUUUAAAAAAAUAAUUUUAAAAAAUUUAUCUUUUCAAAAUGAGAGCAAGAGCGUUGGUUAUUCUGCCCCAGUUCUCCAUGACAUAUUGUCGCGAACUGGGGUUUUCAAUGAAAUAUCAGAAAAGAGAAAGGCUUCUUUGUGUUGAUUGAGGAGAUGAGAAUUUGUUUGUCUCGAAUUCGACCGAAUAUCAAUGAGAUUACCUGGCAAAAGCCAGCUUGCACCUUUCAUUGAGUUUGUAGGCAUACCUAAGGUAUAUAUGUAAGAGUCUCGUUCAUAAUGAUAUUUUGGAAAUGAUUCAUGAUCUUCUGUACCUGCCUUGUUCUAUACUUUCUGGGUGCCGCACGAUCAUGUUAUAAAGUAGUUGCAUUCUGUGUUAUAAAUCAAACAUUGCUAGGACUGUUUUUUUGAGAACUGCUGCUCUAACCACUACACCACCUGACCCGGUGCUUCCUUGCUUUCCUCUCUAACCCCCAGGAGGUGCUUCAGAACCACGUGCUGGAGGCCAAGGUGUUCCACACGGAAUACGGCACGGGGGUGGCCAUCCUCACUGGGGCCCACCGUUUCACCAUAGCCACCAACGUCGAGGACUUGAAACUCCGCAGGCUGCCUCAGGUGCCAGGU